CACAAAAGGGUCGGUAGAUGGAUGAGAGAGACAGGCAGACAGGCAAGCAGAAGGAGUGACAUAGCUGGAGGGAGCGGUUAUCCCUAGCCCCGGUGGUGGAGUGCCAUAAUGUUAACUGAUUUUGAAAAUGGCAGCAGCAGCGGCAUUCUCUGAUGAGAGUUCAAUGGCAUCAUGCUUGAGCAGUCUUUAUUCCUUAGAACAAGAAGAACUGUUCAUCAACGAUUUACUGAGUGAAAAGCCCGAAUCACCACGGUUCAUCUGCAGGGUUUGUGACGAAGGAGCUGUGGUGACGUCAAGGUGUCGUGAGUGCAGCGAGAACCUCUGUGACAACUGUGUGCGAGCACAUCACCGUGUCCGCCUGACCAAGGACCACUUCAUUCAACGCUUUGACGAUAACAACAGUCCCAGCAAUAUGAUGGUUGACACCUUCUCCAAGCCAUCCAGUUCGAUUUCACCCCCGGGAAACAAUUUCUUCUGCGAUCUUCAUAUAACCGAAAUAGUUCGGUUGUACUGUGAAACGUGCAAUGUAGCCAUUUGUGGAGAGUGUGUUACCAAUGAACACAGCAGUCAUGGCCUCAUCUACUUCCAAGAUGCUAUAGAUAAGGCACGAAAGUCCAGCCUGAAACUGAUGGCCGAAAUAAGAUCAACAGCUACUGCGACUAAAGACAAUUUGGAUUCCACCAAUAGGAUGAUAGAAGUUAUUGACUUGAGAGCAAACUACGUGUCCAGAGAGAUAAGGAACAUGAUGAGAAGAUUUCAUCAGGCAUUAGAAGAAAGAGAACGUGAGCUAUUGACUCAAGUGGAGAGAAUCCGUGUAACAAAGGGAAAAGUAUUGACCCAACAAGGUGAAGAACUUAGACUGGCACUGUCCCGUUGUGGACGCACACAUGAUUUUCUGAAUGAUGCAUUGGAAGGAGGGUCUUCUUAUGAUCUCUUGCAGGCCAGGAACCAAGCUGUAAGUGAUUUAAAAGUCUUUAAGCAGUUAAAAACUUUAGUACAACCUCUUGAAUUUGACAAGAUAUUUUUCUUCCCUCCGGAUCAAAUGCUGUUCAAUGCCGUCGCCACAAUGGGUAAUGUAUCCAAUUCCAAUUUCCCUUCAAGUAUGUCUAUUGGUGAAGCCAUCAUGAGUGCUCCUUUCACUCAAGGGUUUUCAGUUCAAAAUAAAACACUCUGUGACAACAUUGUUGGAGGUCAAGAUUCAAUGGUAACAAUCUCUCCACCAAACAGCUGUUGCUCAUUCGGAGAUUUGGAGAACAGAAGAGAUGGUACCCACGGAGUGAUCUACAGAUCAAGGAUGGAAGGACCUCAAAGACUCCAGGUUAUUCAACGCGGAAGAAACAUUCAAGGAGGGAGCCCUAUGAAUAUCAAUCUGCGAAGUGGACGGAACUACACAGAAGCAGGUCCUGCCAGAAUGGUCUUUGGCAAGGAAGGUGAUGGAGAUGGAGAGCUAUGCAGGCCUUGGGGAGUGUGCUGUGACAGCAAUAAUAACAUCAUAGUCGCAGAUCGUAGCAACAACCGCAUUCAAAUCUUCUCGUGCACAGGAGAAUUCAUCAGAAAAUUCGGCAGUCACGGUACUGAAUCUGGAGAAUUUGAUCGCCCCGCAGGUGUCGCAGUUGAUCCGUCCAACCGCAUUGUCGUUGCCGAUAAAGACAACCACAGAAUCCAGGUUUUUACGAUAGAAGGAGAAUUUGUUUACAAGUUUGGAGAAAAGGGUUGCAAGAAUGGCCAGUUUAACUACCCUUGGGAUGUGGACGUAGACUCAACUGGACGUAUCGUUGUUUCAGACACCAGAAAUCAUCGUAUACAAUUGUUUGCUGCCGAUGGUACCUUUCUGAAUAAGUACGGCUACGAGAACACUACCACCAUGUGGAAACAUUUCGACUCUCCUAGAGGUGUCUGCUUCGGGUACAACGGAAUGGUGAUUGUUACCGAUUUCAACAAUCACAGAUUGGUAGUCAUCGAUGCCAAUUUCCGCAAUGCAAGAUUUUUGGGAAGUGAAGGUCAUGGAGCCAAAGAAUUUCUACGCCCUCAGGGAGUUGCUGUGGACAAAAACGGUCAAAUCAUUGUUGCCGAUUCAAGAAAUCACCGCAUACAAGUGUUCGAAGCUAAUGGGAGCUUUCUGUGGCAGUUCGGAGAUGCGGGGAAAGAAGAAGGACAGAUGGAUCGUCCAAGCGGAGUCUGCCUUACUAACGAUGGACAUAUUGUUGUCGUCGACUUUGGAAAUAAUCGCAUCCAGGUAUUUUAAAACUACGGGUAUUUUAUUUUAUGACAAAAUGUUGUUUUACUGAAGGAAUCUGAGCUUCAAAUAAUCAUGUACGUUAAGAAAGGUUUGAUCUUUGUCCAAAUCUUAGUUUGUAUAUAUAUUUUUUAUUUUAUUGAACCUAGAAGCAGUUGUCCUAGACAAUUGGUCCAUUAUAUGGUUGCUUCGUGAGUCCUAUGUAAUUAUUUAAAAACACAUUUUGUUGAUCUGUGAUUGUUUUGUACAUUUUUAGAGUUUUAACGAAUCAAUCAGAUUCCUUUAGUUGUAACAGAAAUAGACACUGGGCAUUCAUUUCCACAAACAUUUCCUGCGUGUGAACAGGAAAUCACUUGACUUAUUUCAAUAUUCCAAACUUAAACAAUUGGAAAUCGGAAUGGAAUAAAUAUUUACUAUAUCUUAGUUUCUUGUUGGCUCAUUUUACGUGAUGUAUACUGUUUUUUAUUUACCUAAUGCCGCAUACAAUGUUUGGCUCUUUGUACUCUGUACAUGUGUGUGUUGUUGUUUACAAAGUUUGAUAUUUGUAUUUUAUAGUUGUCUAAGUAAUAGGCAAAAUUAUUUUAUAGUUCCUCGAGUUAAGACGAUUUGUCUUUAAGUACAAAAAUGGAUACGUAGUGGUUAGUUUUGUUACAUUCAAAACUAAUUGUUGUGAUUAUGAAGCCUAUAAGACUGAUAACAAGUUAUACUUGCUAUAUACAUAAUAGUGCCAUUGUUUUGUUGACGGGUCCUGAGGACUGAUUGUGGUCCUGACAGAUGCAAGGUUUGUUGCAGGCCUCUGCCAUUUAUAUAUUAUAGUCUAUAUUGUGUGCUGAACCAUUUAUACAUGUAUUGUUUUGUAACAUUUUAUGUGGUUGCUCCAACAAUUUAUUCUCAUUAUACUAGAUUGUUUGGACAUGGCACAUUGUCUUGUAAUAUAUUGAGUUAUUUUUAUUUUUUGUAUAUAUAUCCUGAAUUUUAUUUUCUGUUAGUAUUAUUGAAAUAUGCUUAGAUAAUUUUUUAAAAUCCAAUUCUGUUAUGUAACAUCUUGUUUAUUUUAUUUGUACUUUUAUUUCCUAUUUUGAAUGUUUUUUAAACUAUUUUUCACUUGUGAUAAUAUUUUUUGCUCAUCCAUAAAAUCUAACAGCCAUUUAUAUAUUUAAUUUCUUUUGGUCAAAGUUUUAGUAAUUAAAAAUCAUAUAAGCAAAGAUAUAAUACCAACGAAUUCAUCAGGUAAUUUAAUCAAUCCAUGUAUUAUAUUGUUCUUCCACACCGUUAAGUACUUAUUGAUAGUAUUAACUUAUAAUUUUAAUAAGUUUAUUGUCUGAUUUGUGGGUAAUAUACUGUGGUCUAUACCAAAAAUAAAAUAUUCAACUCAUCUGAAAAUGUAUUGCUUUCAGUUUUAGCAUUCUAUUAACUAGUAUUAUAGCAGAUUACAACACAAUAUUUAAAUUAGCUAUACAUUUGUUACACAAUAGUCUUUUAAAAUUGUGUCCAAUGUAAAUUAACCAUUAUAAACUCAAGGUCAACCAGAUUUAUGUUGCACCAGGCUUUAUUUGUUAUGUCUUUUACAAACUACAUCAGAUGCAGAUAUAAACUUAUCGUAAUUUGACAUUAAUUUUAAUGGUGAAAUAUAACGUAUUUACUAUCUCAAUAAGCUUUAGUUUCUAAAAUAUGUCUUCACGUAUUAUAUAAGUAAUUAUGUUAUUUGACAAAAUUUUGUUUACAUAGUUUUCUAAUAAAUCAAUAAUUUAAAUAUAACUAAUAAUUUGAAAGGUGAAAUUUCUAUUUGAAUUAUAGUCAAUGUAUAAUAAUUUAGUCAUUAAUAAUUUAAAUUUAAUUAAUAUUUUGUAAUGCAUAACUAGUUUAGAGUUUUAGAUUUUUAAGUUUUAAAUAUAAAAAGUAAGUUAAAAAUUCAGUAAAAAAGGUCAUUUUUCUUUUUUAAAAAGAUUGUUAAAUAUAAUUUAACACAGUCUAGGGUAUUUCAAUAGCUUUAAUUUGCCUUGUAUUUAUUGCUAGAAUGACUUAAGCAAUGUAGCUUUUUACAACUGUUUCACUUUGAUGAAGUAAAAUCUGGCAUUUGUACCUUUUUAAGUGUUAAGAGAGAUUUUGAGUCUCAAAAUAAAGUGUUAAAUAUAAUUUAACGUUAAAUUUUUGUAAUUUUCAGAUUUAUAUUGUUUGUAUCGUUUAAAAUCACUAUACGUUUUGAAUUAACUUUUUUAAAUCUUAAGUGAAAGACAUUACGAAACAUGACAUCAACAAAUGAUAUGAAUGAAUCCUAUUUGAGCUCUGUAACUACACUGUACCUAAGUUUAAGUUAUCAUUUCUUGAUUUGCGGUUUAAACCCAGUUAGGUAUGUAUAUGUUUGUUUGGUGCUAUUGUUUUGACUGCAUUUACUAAUGUUUAAUAAUAUUCGGAAGGCUGAUACCGACGUACUGAUUGUUCUAUAAUUAAUGAUUAGAUGGUUAAGCAAUACCUUUUAUUACUUUAUAUAGUAAUUUUAUUAGUGUAGGAAAUCUUAAACGGUGCGUGGCACUUUAGUCGUAACGUAAUAAAGUUCUAAACAACAAUCAAUGCAACAGUGCUCUACCUCAAUUGUACUCGUGAAAGCAAAGUCUGAUAGUAAGUAAUAAGUCUGGUGACAAUAUGUUUUGUUAGGUGUUCCCACACAUAUCUGCAGUUCAGUAGUGAUGUGUUGUUACAAUACUCUAGUAGAAUGACAGGUGCUUAUUGUACUUUUGUAUCUUUGUAGUUGUAACUUCUAACGAUAAGACUGAGCCCAAGGGUCGGGCCGUAAGACUGAAUAACUGCGCCUACACACUGCCUACGCCGCAGUUUCAUUAGUAUAUAAGGUGCUACAAUUCGGACCUUGUUACACAAGGUUUUAAUAAAGUUCUUUACCUUA